AUGGCGGGGUUCGACUUCCCCCUCCCCAAGGUCCUCACGUACCCCUCGUCGACGGCGCCCGAGCUCAUCACCCAGGGCGCCGAGGGCCGCCUCUACAAGACGACGUACCUGCUACCCUCGAUCCCCUGCGCCCUCAAGCACCGGCCCUCCAAGCCCUACCGGCACCCCGUGCUCGAUGCUCGCCUGACCCGCCAGCGCAUCCUGGCCGAGGCCCGCAUCCUCGCCCGGUGCCGGCGCGAGGGCGUCGCCGUCCCGGCCGUCUUCGCCGUCGACGAGGCCAGCGGCUGGCUGAUGAUGGAGUGGAUCGCCGGCGGGCCGGUGCGCGCCAGCAUCAACGAGUGGCUGCGCGGCAGGACGGAGGCCGACGUCCGCAGCGACGCAGAGGACAAGGGCGCGGGCAGCGAGCUCGUGGACCUGAUGAGGCGGAUGGGCGCCGCGGUGGGCAAGCUGCACCGGACGGGCAUAGUCCACGGUGACUUGACGACGAGCAACAUGAUGCUCCGACCGUGGUCGAGAGACGUGGCCAACGGCCACAGGGACACAGAGAGCAUACUGGCCGGCGAGAUCGUCAUAAUAGACUUUGGUCUGGCGACUACAAGUACGUCGGACGAGGACAGAGCAGUGGAUCUGUAUGUUCUCGAGCGAGCAUUCGGGAGCACACACCCAAGGGGCGAGAGCCAGUUCCCGGUGUUGCUCCAGGGCUAUAAGGAGGCGUUUAAACAGGCCACUCCCGUCCUCAAAAAGCUAGAGGAUGUGCGGAUGAGAGGUAGGAAGCGGAGUAUGCUCGGUUGA